CUAUAAAUGAAGGACAGCGUUCUAGCUGUGUGAAGGAAAUGCAAGAACAAGGUAUGUGAAAGCUUGACAUAGAAAGUCAGGUAUAUAACUGAUGAAUAAACAUCUACAUAUGGAUUUUUGGAAUAUGUCCUGGGAAACAUUUGACCAUUCAAGUACAAAUCGAAGCUAAAUGUUUGAAAUUAAGACCAUUUAAGCACAUUAGCCUAGCAGUAAGAUACAUUGAAAACAAGACGCAAAUCCUAAGGUGUAUCUUAACUAGUGCAACAAUGAAUAGACAAGCAGACACCGAUCCCGUCUGCCGACAAUGUAUGCCCCUUUUGUACGGGGCACAACACGAUCAUCUCGAAUGUGUCCGUGUUCUUGUGUCAGCCGGGGCACACGUUGACGUCACUGAUGCGAAUGGCUCUACAGCUUUGCUGUACGCUUCACGCCACGGACAUCCGGAAUGUGUUCAAUAUUUACUGGAGAUCGGUGCAGCAGCAAAUGUUAAAAACAAGUAUGGGAAAACUCCCUUGAUAAGGGCUUGCAGCCGGGGUAAUCUCGACUGUGUUCUCCCUCUCAUAAGACAUGGGGCUGACGUCAACGCAGUUGACAGCAGACAUGAGACGCCUCUGAUGAAGGCUGCCAAAAAUGGACACGCCCAGGUCGCAAAUACUCUACUGGAUGUGGGAGCUGACAUCAAUGCCAGAGACAACAUUGGUAACACAGCGAUUUGUCUAGCCGCCUCAUGCGGUAGAAUAGGGUGCGUUGAAAAGCUGGUGCAACGUAAUGCUGAUGUCAAUGCUAGAAACAAUGAAGGUAACACACCAAUCAUGAUAGCUGCACUAAAGGAAAAUGUAGAUUGUCUGCACGUUUUAAUCAAACACGGGGCUUCUGUAAAUGCAACAUCUUUAAUGGGUCAAACGGCGCUACACAUAAAUUCACGUAAAGGAAAUGUCAUUUGUACAGAGCUUAUUCUAAGCAGCAACCCGUGCGUUGAUGCUAAAGAUAUAAAAGGAAGCACUCCAUUGAUGUAUGCUGCGUCAAAGGGACAUAAUCACUGUCUCAAUGCAUUAAUUUUAUCGGGCGCCGACGUCAACGUACAGAACGCUAAUCAAGACUCAGCCCUGAGCUUGGCUGUGUUAAAUGGUCGUACAGAAUGUGUUAAGCGUCUUCUUGAUGCCAGUGCGGAUGUUAAGCAGAGCCACGCCAAUGGUAACUCUGUGCUUCACAUGACCUGCAUGACCUCGGGUAUGAAAUUACAGUUGUUGAAAACGUAUGACUUUGAUAUGACGUCACAAACGUUCACCGUACACGAUGGUGCUGACACGGCAGACGUAACUCAAGCACUUAUUACAGCCGGUUCUAAUGUAAAUGCAAGAAACAAAGACGAAGCUACACCAAUUAUGCUGGCCGUUUGCUCUGGGAAAGUCGAAAGUACAAAACUAUUGCUUAAACAUAUUUGCUGGAAUUUGUUAUCAGACUCAAAAGGAAACACAGCAUUACAUCAUGCAGUAAUUCAUGGGUCCACAGAGUGUCUGAAAUUGAUUAUAAAUAGUUGCCAGUCAGUGAUAGGAACUGUCAAUAAGAAAAAUGAAACUCCUCUCAUGUUAGCUCAUUUACACAACAGAGAGGAAUGCGCCCGAAUCAUCAUUGAAGCUGGAUCAGUGUGGAAUAUACGAACUAUAAGAAGUCAGCAUGAUGUCACGAGCUCCACAUUAUCAGUUUGCAGUGAGUGUGUCGGAGACUUUGAACGUCCCUGUGAUCAUUACGUUCCGUUGCUGGUAACGGCCACACGAAAGAACCAUCUUUAUUGUAUGUAUGUUCUGUUGCAGGCUGGUAGUGAUAUAGACCAAGUUGACCACGAUGGCAUGACGUCACUCAUGGUAGCCACCAGCAAUGAUCAAUUUACUGCCUUGAAAUGUUUACUUGUGUCUGGGGCAAAUGUUAAUAAACAAUGUCAAAAUGGACGGACGGCGCUCUUUAUGGCGGCAAGUCGAGGUCAUGUUAGGGUUACAAAAUAUUUAAUUGAAAACAAUGCAGAUAUUGAGCUAAAAAACAAUGAUGGUUACUCACCUUUAUUUACUGCUUUGGUUCAAAACAAAUCAGAAUGUAUUGAAAUUCUAAUAAACGCUGGGGCAAAAUGGGACAUUGAACAAAAUAACAAACACCCUGAUAUAGCAGACGAUUCUUUUACGGGUUGCGCCAACUGUAUUGACGCUGUUGUUGAUACGAGGAGGAAACGAGCUAGAAAAAGCGAAGAGAUGAACAAUCCUCUCACCUGUGCCAUUAGACGAGGUCAUUCUCACUGUGUCUACGCUCUACUUCUGCAUGGCCAUGACAUAAAUUUACCUGACCCUAAUGGUAUAACCCCAUUAAUGAUGAGUAUGAUGAAGAACAGGACGUUCUUGGCGGGUAAACUAUUAGAGAACGAUGCCAAUUUAAACGCACAAUGCAACAAAGGAAAAACUGCUCUGAUGUACGCGGCAGCUCAUGGGCACAGCAAAUGUUUGGCAAUCAUGCCUAGAGAAACUCUCCAAACAGAAAUCAUUGAUAGAGACGGGAACACGCUUCUCAACUUGGCAGCAAGGAAUGGCCGUGUGGCAUGCGUGAAAUUACUUCUGGAGCUUGGAGCUGAAGUCGAUAGUGCGGACAACGAAGGCGCGACGCCUCUCAUGAAUGGUGUUGAACGAAAGGGCUGCAUUCGACACCUGUUGGCAGCUGGCGCCGAUGUAAGCCGAACCACACUCAAUGGGCAAACUGCUCUCAUGAAGGCUGCGAGCUCUUUCUGUGGCAUACGUACUUUUGAUUUAUUGUUGAAGAAAAAUUCAGAUGUAAAUGCCCGAGACCAUUAUGGGAAGACUGCACUAAGGUAUGCUCUAUUUAAGGAAACGAUAGUCAAACUUUUACAUUGUAAAGCUGAUGUCAAUUUACCUGACAAUCUGGGCACGACGCCAUUAAUUUAUGCAGCCACAGAAUAUUACUCUAACAUACGAACUGUGGAGGACAUGCGAGAACAUGGCGGAGAUCCUGAUCAAUCAGUUAUAUCUAAAAGUAAUUUCCGUUCUAUUCUCGGUGGACGCGAUCCCAAAAUCAUCCAAAUUAUUGUUUCAAGUGGAGCUUUUCCAAAAUGCUCAGACGCUGAAAAUAAAACAGAAACACCUUUCAUGAUGGCGCUACAAAAAGAUAAAAUUGACGUCGCAAAAUAUCUUCUUAUCAACAAUUACCUCUUGACCUGUGACACUAUACAGUGGUCCAAUCCUGUCGCCAGGGGCCAUAUUUCUCACAAGGCCAAGUGUUUGUUGGAUGGCCUGUACUCCCAGCCGUGGCCGCUCUCCAAACUGGCACUCAUAUCCAUCUCGACGGCCGUUGGACCAAGCCCAGGGAGAAGAGGCAGAAUUCGUCAGCUUCCACUCCCACCACGGAUACAGCGGAUGUUGACGUUUGAAGAACUGACUUCUCAGAUAUGUGUUACCGAAUGGGAAAAUAUUGAUGUGUGUUUGGAUCCGGUGAAAUAUGAGGCCCGCUGUGUUCCUAGACCCAAAUUAUAUUUCUGGCCGUUUUUGAACAAGGUUGACAUGUUUGACUGCAGUAAAUGUCAAAGUAAAUGCUAUAAAUUUGAACAGUAAUAAUAACAAUAAUAGUAAUAAAGUUUAUUUUAAAAUCUCGCUUAAUCCGCAAAGUGCUCGAAGCGCGUUACAAAGGCAACCAUAUUAAAAGAGAAAUGGAAAAAAAAUCUAAAUUAUACCACAUUGAAAUACAAAGCGCAACAUUAUAAAAACUACAUACGAGAAUACCCACAAGCAGUAAUUGUGUUACACAACAAACAUUCAUAAACUGUUUUAAUCAAACCUGAUUUCAGGAUGCGACAACAAUAUCAGUAUUGAAACUCCCCCAUUUUGAACCAUCAUUUGUUAUGGCCCUUAGCUCCAUCUGACGCGUAGUCCUAGUCAUGAAAAGACAUUCAAAAUAAUAAUUAUAAUAAUUCAGACUCUUACCAAGCCCCUUGAUUAUAAUCUAUUCAAUCCUAUAUUUCACAGUUAUUUAAUUUUUUGGUGUUAUUUUUUUUUUUCGACUUAAAGCGAUUGAGAAAAUUAGCCAUGUGCGCUACAACCCUGAGAACUUCAGCUCGUCAACCUGAGACCAGGCGAAAUAUUUGAUAUAAGCACGAAUAUUUGAACAGAGAUAGGUAACAUAAAUUGAUCUUAUGAUUCUGAUCAGCUUUAGGAAUUAAGAUAUAUUCGCAUCAUUUCCUCUUCCUCAAAUGUUAACGUAUUCAUAAAAUGAUAAAAUUGAGGAUCUAAAAAGAUGAAGCUCCAGUUUCUCAAUGUUCGUGGAAUCUAUUCAUACAGUAUUAUGUUCGUCAAAUAAGCAAAGUUCUUGUUGAACGCAGACCUACUUUAAUAUUUCAAAUAAUGUGACCACCAUUUAAUCAAAACUUGUUUUUUCUCAUUGCUUUGGUCAACGCCUCCCCCACACACACUACCUCAAUGGUCAGAACGUAGCGAUUGAACAGCAAUGUGAACAGCUUUGUGACUUGUUAAAUGUUCAUUUCGUCUUCAGCGGUAACAACAUACGAUGCAUUUCAAUGAGUGUAAUAGUAUUACGUUUAUUUUUAUAUUUUCUAGCUAAUUAAUUUUUUAAUGAUUUUUUUAAUAUGUAAUGAGGUG